UAGACAAAUGCACUCCAACUCCCCCUUGCUUAUCCCUCUCCCUCAAGCCUGAUAACCCACCACAGCAUCUCAGCCCCGCCAGCCCCUUGCUUCGGUCUCCGCAGCUCGCUCAUCGCUGGCAGGCGCUGCCGCGUCCCUCCCUGGCCCGUCCCAGCCUGCAGAAGUGACUGCCCUGCACCGACCCGCUAUGUGUCGGGGCUGCUGAGGAGCUGCGGUCCCCCUGGGCUCCGUGCUGCCCGGGGUUCGGUCUGUGCCCAGCCACUCCCGCGGGGCUGGAUGCAGCCUGCUUCUGCGGCAGGCCUCGGGCUCUGAACUUGGCGCGGAGCAGCAGAUCCAGGCGGUGCCAUGGCCGAGGGGCAGGCAGCCUCCGGGGCCGAAUGGGAGAUCGACGUGGAGAGCCUGGAGCUGGACAAGGGCGAGGAGCAGCUGGGGGCCUGCCUGCUGCAGGGCGGCGGGCCGGGGGAGCAUGAGGAGGAGGAGGAGGACGAUGAUGAGGAGGAGGAGGACGGGGAAGAGGAAGGGGCGGCCCCGCAGGCCCCUAGCCAGCCCAAGCAGCAGCAGGUGGAGCGGGGCAGCGGAGUGGAGCAGAGGAAGCUGAGCCGGACCCCGAAAUGCGCCCGCUGCCGCAACCACGGCGUGGUGUCCUGCCUGAAGGGCCACAAGCGCUUCUGCCGCUGGCGGGACUGCCAGUGCGCGAACUGCCUGCUGGUGGUGGAGAGGCAGCGGGUCAUGGCCGCCCAGGUGGCGCUCCGGAGGCAGCAGGCCACUGAGGAUAAAAAGGGGCUAUCAGGGAAACAGGCUAAUUUUGAGCGCAAAACAGUCUACCAGAGGCCUGUCAGGACGCCCAGCUUGCUGGCCAAAAGCAUUUUAGAAGGUUAUCGCCCCAUGCCAGCAGAUCCUUACCUGGGAGGGAAUUCACCUUUGCCACCCCCUGUAAGUGACAGGAUGAGAAAAAGACGGGCCUUUGCUGAUAAAGAGCUGGAGAAUAUUAUGUUAGAGAGAGAGUAUAAAGAAAGGGAGAUGAUGGAAGCCACUCAAGCUGCUGCCCUUUUCCUGCCUAACCAUAUGGUGCAUGGAACUGAAUACAAUUCCUACAAAACUGCCUUUAACCCUACCCAAGUUGAAGCUCCUAGCAAGGAGUUUUGCAACUUCUUACCAACCUGUCUUGACUUAACCAUGCAGUAUUCAGGAUCUGGGAAUAUGGAACUGAUUUCUUCAAACGUCAGUGUAGCCACUACCUACAGGCAAUAUCCUUUGUCCUCCAGAUUAUUGGUAUGGCCAAAGCGUAGCCCCAUUAGUGAUGCUUUUCUCUAUCAGCAAUGCCUACUGAAUGCUACUGCAGUCCAAGCUCUCAAACCUGGGGCAGCCUGGGACUCCAAGACUUCACAAGGCCAGGAUUGUGUAAAUUCAGAGCAGGACAUGAUGUCACCAAAAACUGAAAAUUCACUUGUGCUUUCUCAAGCUCGAGAAAUUCAGUGUGUCCCUCAAGAGGCCCGUGAGAGGUCUGCUUUCUCUCCUCCUAAAAGGACUUUUCAACAGAUUUCUGAGAAGGAUUCUCUGGCUUCUCAAGAACACAUCUUAAGCAAGAUCAGCAAAGAAAAUACCAAGCACCCUCAAGCACUCAAGUAUAAUCCGUUCCACUCAUUUUUACAGCAAACGUUUCAUGACAAAUCAGGGCCUGAGUUAAAAACGUCAUUUGUAAAAGAGAAUUUUGAAGAGGCAUCUAAGAAGUACAGAGAGUGCUCCAUCAAAGAGAACCAAAUGUACAAAUUUACAAUAGACAGAUACUCAAAAAACUCUUUUGGGGCCAAACAAGCUGCAACAAAACUCUCAGCAAAUGAGCCUCUAUCAUUCUCUGUUGAAUCAAUCCUUAAACGACCCUCUUCCGCAGUCACUAAUGUCUUGCAGUAACUACAUCCUCAAUAUCAAGUUUAAAUGUUUGCCAUCUGCAAAGUUGCUGCCACCUGCCUUUUCUCUCCAAAGAGUCGUACAAAGGACUUCGUUAUGUAAAUGGUGAUUUUAAAAAAACCCGUGUACAUAAAUAUGCAUGUUUUCUCUCAUGAAAAUAAAUAUUUAAAUUUUAAAAAUGAAAACGGUGCAUGUGCAGAAUGUAAAGUGUAGGCUUGAUACAGCACUUCAAAUGUUACAAUAAAAUGAGAUGACUUAUGAACAUACUUCUUCUUUGCCACGCCAAGAGGACAUUAUCACUUCUGCCUUAUGUCUCUCUCCCUCCAUCGAAUGGGUGUCCACGCACUUGCAGAACAUGUGCAUGCUAUUGUUUGCUGUUAUAGAUAGGGUAAUUAUUUGCUGUGCUGGAGUAACUCAUCUCUGCUUUGAACACAUACUAGCUCGCAGAACAGGCAACAGCAGUGCAAGUUUACUUGCUAUUAUGCAUCAAAGGCAUUUUUCCAUUGAUUUCAAUGGGCUUUGGAUCAGGCCCCAACUGUCAGUGCAGUCCUGUUAGGAUAAACCUCCUGGGAUGAGAGAGAAGGUUAUUCUGGGCCUCUCUAUUUAGACUGGCAUCAUUCAAGCAGGGCAUUAGUAUUUCAAGUGUGGAGAUAGGGACAAGGGGAAAGAAGAUGGAAGAAUAGGAAAAUUCAGUGACUCUUAAGUGUUCUCAGAUAAAGGUCUGCUCUUGUGUCAAAUGGGCAUUAAAACCCCCCUCAGGCUCUUCACAGACUUGGAAUAUUGAAUUUCCUAAAACUUUUCACUUCUGACAAUCACAAGCGGGACUAGAUAUUUGUGCCACAUUCAAUGAAAUGAACUUUGGGAUAAAAAAAAGUUUCAUAGAAUAAUAGCUACAAAAUGAAAAUUAAGGUAUAAAAUUAAGAGGAGAUAUUAUAUCUUUGAGUCCUUUUGUAGGCAAUGAAAAGAAAAUUAGGCUGGUGGUAGAGUUCACCUCAGCUGGAAGCCUCCUUCAGGUUGUGGAAAACUUUAUCUGUUAACUUAGAUUUAACUUAACAAACUUUUUUCUAAUUUUUUCUUAUUUUGCUAUUUUUUUCUAUUUUAUCAUCAUCUAAGCAGAAUUGGCUUUUAUUUUCCUGCUUUCUAUACACACUAAUUUUAAUCCUAUCAAUGUGUUGACAUAGCCCUAGGUGGUACUAAUUUGUUCUAUCAUCUAAACGUCUUUAGUAGUUGGGUGAAAAAAUUGCAGUGGACAGAUUAGGUUACAAAUUCUGAGUAAUGGGUGAUUUUUGUGAAUUUGUUCACUAUUCAGAAGUGUUUGGUGAUUAUUUUUUCCUGAACAAAUCUCAGCCCAUGGAUUGUCAGUGAACUGAUUACCGUGAGUAUUUUUUCAGGUAUUUGAUAUUUGAAUUGUAUGAGUAGUGUCACCUAAGUCACAUCAGAUUCUUUCUGUUCCCUGGCUGGAUGAUCCAACCUUCAUAAACGACUUCUGUGUCGCUAUCUUUGGGUUUUAUACUAUUGUCCAUCACUGGAAUACCUGAGCUCUUUCUAAGUAAAAUCAAUAGUAACAGCAAAGUCUGCCUUUGCCUGACACUAAUUUCAUUGAGUAUUAAAAACAAAUGUUUUGUGAUUUAACAA